AUGAGGAUCGAGGAGGUGGCCAGCACCACCAAGACGCAGCGCGUCUCCACGCAUACGCACAUCAAGGGGCUGGGCCUGCAGGAGGAUGGCACCGCGGUGCAGAUGGCUGCGGGGUUCGUGGGGCAGGAGAACGCGCGCGAGGCGGCGGGCAUCGUGAAGAAGUUUGCGGGGCGGGCGCUGCUGAUGACGGGCGCGCCCGGCACCGGCAAGACCGCUCUUGCCCUGGGCAUUGCACAGGAGCUGGGCACCAAGGUCCCCUUCUGCCCCAUGGUGGGCUCUGAGGUGUACAGCUCCGAGGUGAAGAAGACUGAAGUGCUCAUGGAGAACUUCCGGAGAGCCAUCGGGCUGCGCAUCAAGGAGACCAAGGAGGUGUAUGAGGGGGAGGUGACGGAGCUGACGCCGGUGGAGACAGAGAACCCGGGGGGCGGCUACGGCAAGGUGGUGAGCCAUGUGGUGAUUGGGCUGAAGACGGUGAAGGGCACCAAGCAGCUGAAGCUGGACCCGGCCAUCUACGACAGCCUGCAGAAGGAGAAGGUGGCAGCGGGGGAUGUGAUCUACAUUGAGGCCAACAGCGGCUCCGUGAAGCGGGUGGGAAGGUGCGACGCCUAUGCCACCGAGUUCGACCUGGAGGCCGAGGAGUACGUGCCGCUGCCCAAGGGCGACGUGCACAAGCGCAAGGAGGUGGUGCAGGACGUGACGCUGCACGACCUGGAUGCGGCCAACGCGCGGCCGCAGGGCGGGCAGGACAUCCUGUCCAUGAUGGGGCAGCUGCUCAAGCCCAAGAAGACAGAGAUAACGGACAAGCUGCGGCAAGAGAUCAACAAGGCGUGUUUGGGGGUGGUCAACCGCUACAUCGACCAGGGGGUGGCGGAGCUGGUGCCCGGGGUGCUGUUCAUCGACGAGGUGCACAUGCUGGACAUCGAGUGCUUCACCUACCUGAAUCGGGCGCUGGAGUCGAGCCUGGCGCCCAUCGUGGUGCUGGCAACCAACCGGGGGCUGUGCGAGGUGCGCGGCACCGACAUGCUGUCCCCGCACGGCGUCCCGAUCGACCUGCUGGACCGCCUGGUUAUCAUCCGCACCCAGCCGUACACGCUGGAGGAGACGGUGGAGGGCAUAGCGCUGGAUGAGGACAGCUUGACGUACCUGGGGGAGAUAGGGGAGGAGACGUCGCUGCGGCACGCGGUUCAGCUAAUGACGCCGGCGGCGGUGCUGUCGCGGACAAACGGACGAGAGGGGAUUGCGCGGGGGGAUGUGGAGGAGGUGCACACGCUGUUCAGGGACGCCAAGUUCUCGGCGCGGUUGCUGAUGGAGCAGGCAGACAAAUAUCUCACAUGA